AUGGCAGAAAGCUCACAUGCGAAUGACUUCAAGUCGUCGUUCGGGCCCAUGCCCGCGGUGCCUAUCAUCCACUCCGCUUGCCCCUCCGACCCGGAGUACCCAACGGUCCCUCAAGCACUCGACCACCCCGGUGCCUUUGAGCUACCCCCUAGCCAUAUGCCCGCCGCUGCGAGCAAUUCUUAUAAAUUUCUCUUGGUGACGAUAUACACGGGGCAUCUCCACUCGAGCCAGCAAUAUCGUGUUAUUGUCAAGCGUGGCUUACCGGCCCAUGCAGAUAAUACAUGCGAUAGAGACCUAUUCAUGGCCAUGAGAUAUGCGUACAACCAUAAGCUGCGAGCAUUCUGGCAGCGUUGCUUCUCGCUCGGUGGUCUCAAGUAUAUCGGAAUUCUAGAAUAUUCAGGGCAGUAUCCAGUUCUUAUGAACAUGGAUAUCCUGUCCCGCAACUCCCUCCUCUAUGCCUUCUACAACCCGUCAAAGCUCAAAACAACCGAUACCUGGGUCAACUGGGUCUUCGCGCUUAAGAACAGCCACCCACGGCGCUACGGACUUGAGUUUGUUCAAGGCUGGGAUGAACGGAAGAUCAUUAUACUCGGCGCUGUUUCUUGGGUUAGUAGUGUGGUAACGGCGAUUUUAUGGGGAAUUCUCGGCGACGUACAGACCGGUAUUUCUGUAGCGACUUAUGUUUUGACGGCAAGUGGAACUGUGCUGGCACUGCUAGCGAUCGUGAGUACAUUAGAAGGAUCAAUUGAUGCUGGGGGUGAGACGGGUAUCAAGGCCGGAUUAAGCACAGUAUCAUCGCCCCGGCCGGCGACCACAAAUCUGCCUUUCCCUUAG